CAGGUCGGGACAGGCCGGUUGUGGGCUCCCGGUGCCUCUGUGGUGUUCGCCGGGCCUGAGGGGCUCUGUGGGGCGGUUGUCUGUAGGGUAGACGUCUCGCUGCCGGCAGAGAUGGAUCUGCGCCUCGCUGAGCUGGUGGAAGAAUUGACUACCUCGGGGGAGCCGCGGCUGGAGCCGGGCAAGAUGAAGGAGCUGAAGAAGAUCUGCAAGUCUUCAAAUGAACAUAUCAGCCAUGCCUAUCACCUGCUGCUGACACGGCUCCGUGAGGAACACGCCGAGAUGCGCUUCUCAGCAUUCCAGAUCGUGCGGGAGCUGUUCUCCAGAUCCCAUCAAUUCCGGACUCUACUUAUUUCCAACUUCCAAGAUUUCUUGGAGCUCACAGUGGGGAUAGACCAUGAGCAGCCUCUUCCCCCACCCAAAGAGGUGGCACAAAAGUUGAGGAAAGAAACCAUUAAGUCAGUGCAAGAAUGGCAUGAGAAAUAUGGUGAGGCCUACAAGAAGCUUUCUCUGGGAUACCACUUCUUAAAGAAGAAUAAGAAGGUUGAUUUUGAAGAUGUACAUGCCAGAACUGUCGCUGAAAGGAGGAGGGAAGAAGAGAAGCAAAAACGAUUGGAUAAUGUUUACAAAGAAAAAGCCAAAAGAGCUGAAAAAGAAAUGGAAGAAAUGUCCCAAGAGAUUGCUGACACACUGACAGAGAUGGAAAACUGUUUCCGGCUUCUCCUGCCAGACCCUUUUGACUUCACUGUGCAUGACACAGAACUGGAACCCAACAAACAAAUGCCUGCUAAUGAGGAUAGACCUGCAUCCCCCUGGUCUUCCCAGGUGGAAGUGAACCAGUCCUACAUUGAAUGCAUGGAUGAUGAGCAGCCGUGCUGCAGCAAGGACAUUCUUUCUCAGUGUGUUAGAACUGAUACAGAGUUAGAUGAGAAACAGGAAAAGCCAGAACAAAAAGACUUGGAUGAAGACACAUGCUCAGAAUCUCAAUCUGGUAUCCUUGCUCUCGAUGAUGAUGAUGAUUAUGAGACUUUUGUUAGGAACCAUGGACUUCUUUCACACAAGUAUGCUCUAGACAUUGAAAUCUCCCCAGAUAUAAAAGUGCGUGAGAAUGAAGAUAAUACUGCUAUAAUAAACAAUGUCAUGGAUGCUCACAGACUUCUCAGAAAUAAGUUCUGGCCUUCUGUGCAGUCCUGGAUUCAGUUAUUUACCAAAGCAGGAAUAAAUGAUGAUCGGCUAAGAUGUGCCAUUGAUCUCAAGAAUAAAAUGGAGACUGCUAUGAAGAAAUACAAGGAAAUGAACAUUUCGUUUAAAGCAAGAAAAAGAAAAGUGAUGAAAGCCUUGGAUGAUGAUGACGAUGAUGAUGAGGAGGAUGAAGAUGAAUUUGUGGAGGUCCCUGAGAAGGAAGGUUAUGAGCCCCACAUUCCAGACCACCUGCGUAAGGAAUAUGGGCUAGAACCCCAGUCACCUCCAAAAGCCCUGACGGGGACGACAUCAACAGGACCACCUCCACUGAGUUCCCACACCCAGCUGAAGGACAAUGAAGAUGAACUUGAUCCAACCUGUGCAGCUGCCACUCUGAAACUUAUUAGAGACAAACUACCAAAGUUACCACCUCCGCAUGCCAGUGACUCUGCAACUACUGAGCCAACAGGCUUCGAAGAGCCUGACAGUAAGAGAAGAAAACUAGAAGAAGAAAGAGCUAAAGCUCCCCUCAUGCCUUAUGGAUUAGAUCUUCACUACUGGGGACAGGAUCAGCCAAGUGCUGGGAAGAUUCUCAAAUUUGCUUCUGAGCAUCGAUUUUGGGCACCGAGUGAAGUAGAGGAAGAGGUGGAAAAUAAAGAGAUCAGUGAAAUGUUGAAAACUAGAUACAUCACAUUUGCUGGCAAGUUUGAACCAGUGAAACAUAAAUGUCGAGCACGGAUGCCUGAUGGAAGGCUGUGUGAAAGACAAGAUCGGAUUAAGUGCCCUUUCCAUGGAAAGAUAAUUCCUCGGGAUGAAUCUGGGAUUCCCAUAAAUGCUGAGGACAGAGCCAGAGAAGAAAAGAUGCGGUUUGAGAAGCAAGCAGCUCACCCAGAGUGGCGAGAUCCAGAAUUCAUGAGAGAAAUUGAAGCAGCCACAGGAGUGGAUCUUGGUUCCUCUAAAAUUAAUGGAAAAGAAGGGAAAAAGAAAGGGAAGAAGAAGAAAUACCCAAAUCUGACAGACCUGAAGCAGCAGGCUAACACUUCUCGUUCCCGGCUUGAGAAGAAAGUCUUCAAUAAAGGUGCCAUGAAACGGGUGGUGAAAGCGAUGAACCGAGUGGACCAAAGGAAGCACGAGAAGUUUGCCAACCAGUUUAACUAUGCACUGAAUUAAAUUGUUAAUCUUCUUUACCCUUCAUUUGAUUGCAAGAGUGCAAGUGCACAAAACCUUUAGCACAGAUCUUCAUAUUUAUACUGAAACACUGUGCUUGGUGUGGUUUUACUGGGGUAAUCUUUUUUAAUUGUUUUCAACUUUAACUUAUUGGAUAAUAACAUGAAUUUUGCAAAGAUGUGGAAGUAUAGAAUGGAAUACAUUCCACAAUUGUUUCAAUUAUUUGAAAUAUACAUGAAAUUGAGCAUGUUUUAUGACUUGUACAUACUCUGGGUGAAAUGUUUGGGGUUUUUUCCUUCCUAAGGGGCUUAUGUAAUUUAUACUUCCUUUACCGACACAUGUGUUGUAAUUUGCCUCCAGUUGCACACCUUCAGAAAAAAAGAUGCCUUAGAAACAAUCAGAUUUCUGCCAGAGAAAGGCCUCUACCAAAGCAGCCUUCUGGUACCUAAAGGGGCCUGCAAGAAAGCUGGAGGGGGACUUUUUAUAAUGGCAUGUAGUGACAGGACAAGAGGGAAUGGCUUUAAACUGACAAAGGGGACAUUUAGGUUAGGUACUAGGAAAAAUUCUUCCCUGUGAGGGUGCUAAGGCACUGGCACAGGGUGCCCAGAGAAGCUGUGGCUGCCCCAUCCCUGGCAGUGUUCAAGGUUGGACACAGGGGCUUGGAGCAACCUGCUCUAGUGAAAGAUGUCCCUGCCCAUGGCAGGGGGUUGGAACUGGAGAAGCUUUAAGGUCUCUUCCAACCCAUAUACUCUAUGAUUCUAUGAUUUGCUCAGCCUACUAAUCUAGAAAUUGCACUACAUUAGCAGCACAGUAGCUCCUGAGUACCUCUAAAGACCUCUUGUGUACACACACAGAAAGAUAUCCAAAUCAGCUGAUGCCUUCAAAUAGAGAAUGGAGCAAAGUUUUAUUUCAACAAAAGAUGUCCACUGCACUGGAAGCAGAGCCACUCUUACUAUCAGUGUAGCUAACUUGGCAGUAAAGGCUUCAGGUGAAACUGAAGACAAGGACAAGCCAAGUUCAUCAGCAGGUCAGUUGAAUCAACUGCUAAACUGAUUUUAUUUGUUAUUAAAGACACACACAUGAAAAAAAACAACAAAACCCAUCAACAACAACAUCCUGCACAUUUGAAUGUAAAAUUGAUUAAUGGAUUCUGGGACCCCAGAACAGUCCAAAUGAAGCUCUUUGAUCUUGGAGAUUAACAUUCAAAAGAGCCACAAAGGUUGCUGUGCCACUGUUCCAGAGAUUCUUGAGCCUGCCCAGACUGAAAGUGUUCAUUUAAAAGACAUGUUUUCUCCCUGUAAAAGGAGUGGGGAAUUUAUAUUGUCCAGUGGCACUUAACUUACUUGCUGUGAACAUCAGAUGUCAGCACUAGAAAAUUUCCAGCAAACAGUAGGUGUGCUUUACCCCAUGGAGUUACCAUUUUGGCCUUUAGUAGAAUUAAAAACAUAACAUAAAAAUAAAGGCCAAAGACCAAGAUCAGAAAAGGAAGGGGUAGAAAUACAUGAGGUAAAGGUGUGUUUAGUAAUUAAUACUCAGUUAUGAUGCUACUCAGUCACAUCAGUUCUAAAAUUAGCAGCUGAAACUUCCUAUCUGGACCUGAGUGUCUGAUCUACCAGUUAAACCUGAUCCUGUUGUGUGAUCUAUAUGCUCUGCCCCUUUCUUUAUUAAAAACACAUGCAAAAAGGUGUUUAUGAAGUUCUUCUACUUUCUUUUUUCUGGUUUUGUUGCAAGAGCUUUCCUUGUAAGGUGGAGAAUAAACCCAGUUGGAUAUGAAUUUUUUUAAUUCCUCUUUCUGCCAUUGGCUUUUCAUAGGAGAACGUGUUAAACACGCAUCCUCUGUAGCACUGCCUCUUACCAGCAUGUGUCUUGCCUUCAUCCAGUCCUUGAGGAACUUCCAGUGCUUCCCCUCCUAUGUUAGUUAUUGCCUUGGUUCAUCAAGUGAUUUCUCUACAGGGCAGCUAAGCGUACAUACACACAACAGGUCUUGAAUUUUGCUAUUUUGAACCAGGUCUCAUUAGACCUGGUCAGAUGUCAUUCACAGGUUUGGAGAACUUUCUCCUUAAAUAGAAGUUUGAAAUAAACCAAUCUGGGUGUUAAAUAAGUCACACCUCUUAGUCUGUCACUUCCAGCAGUUUACAAGUUUGAGGUCUCUGAGAUCUCAGCUCUUCAAACAUCUUGGUUGCUAAACUGUGUGAUGUUUCUAGCGGAACUUUUCUAUUCCUGUCCUCAGGGCUUCUGGAGAAAUAAAUAAAUAUAUCAUUCAUGUAA